AUGUUUUCACCUCAAGUAGAACAACGUCCCCAACAACAAUCUGCCAUAGUUGGUGGAAAAUACGAUGAUUUACAGCAUCAGCAAUUGAUUGAUGGGAUUCCCGUAACUUAUAUUCUUGAGAAAUUACACCAGCUUGGUCCUCGCUACUAUGGUGAUAAGUUAACCGCAUUUGCUGAACUACACGUAGAAGGUCUCGACAAAUUCUUCUAUGUACACGAAGAAUAUUUAGUCCUUCAAUCUUUAUUCUUUCGUGAAGUAUUUGAAAAUGUUACUAAUGGUGAUAUUAUCACCAUUUCUCUCCCAUCUCCUGAAACUUUUGAACCGUUGUUAGAGUUUUUAUAUAAUGGUGAUCCUGAUAAAUGGUAUGAUACAUUGACGGUGGAUAAUUAUUAUGAUGUUAAUCAGAAUAUAAAUUAUCUUGGACUUGGACCGGCAGCUCAGGCC